ACACUUGAACCAGCAGCACUCUCCUCCCUAGCCGAAAAAACCAUAAACACCUACGUUUUCCUCUCCUUCCCUCCAACCCGCCUGCUCUCUCUCUUUCUUUUUUUUUCUAAGGCUCCCACAUCGAUUCUGGUCGGGUCCCAAUCCGUCCAAAUCCAUCUGAUAUGCCUUUGCCUCUGAUAUGUAUCACGCUCUGGGCGCGCCCCGCCUAAUAUACCGUGCCCACAUCUCAAGACUCGUUAAAAACGGCCUCAUCGACCAAGCCAUCAGCAUGUUCGACCAAAUGACCCAAUCAGAUUGCCGCGUCUUCGGCCUCGACUAUAACCGCUUCAUUGGCGUCCUGCUUCGGAACUCCCGCUUCGACUUAGCCGAAUAUUACUACUUCCAAAUGUUCCCUCAGGGUUUCUCUCUAACUCCCUUCACUUACUCUCGCUUUAUCUCCGCUUUAUGCUCUGUCAAAAACUUUAAUUUCAUUGAGCUUCUUUUGAAUGACAUGGAUAAAUUGAAUUAUGUUCCUGAUAUUUGGGCUUUUAACAUUUAUUUGAAUCUUUCGUGUAGAGAAAAAAAGAUAGAGUUAGCUUUAGAGGUUUUCCAUAGCUUGGUUAAGAAAGGGAGAGACCCAGAUGUUGUAACGUAUACAAUAAUGAUUGAUGGGUUGUGUAAAGCUGGGAAGUUUGAUAAUGCUGUUGGGUUUUGGAGGGAAAUGGUGGGGAAACGUUUUCGUCCUGAUAACAAGGCGUGUUGUGCGCUUGUUGUUGGCUUGUGUGAUGGUGGGAAGGUUGAUUUGGCAUAUGAGCUUGUUGUUGAGGUGAUUAAGGGUGGGGAUAUUGAGUUUAGUACGUUGCUUUAUAAUGUGCUGAUUAGUGGGUUUUGUAGAAUUAGGAGGAUUGAUAAGGCACAGGCAAUAAAGUUGUUUAUGACAAAAAACGGGUGUGAGCCAGAUUUGGUUACAUAUAACGUGUUGUUGAAUUAUUGUUGUAACGAGCUUAUGUUGGAGGAGGCGGCAAAGUUGCUGAAGAAGAUGGAGAGGAGUGGGAGAGGACCUGAUGUCUAUGGUUAUAACCAGAUGAUUAAAGGGUUUUGUAAUGCUAAUAGGCCAGAUAAAGCAUAUUUGUUGAUGGUGAACAAGAUGGAAGCAAAUGGGUUGGCUGAUACUGUUUCUUAUAAUACAAUUAUCAAAGCAUUUUGUAAGGGUGGUCAGAUUGGAAAGGCUUACAAGCUGUUUGAGGAAAUGGAUAGGAAGGGGAUUGCACCUGAUGUGGUGACUUUCACGACCCUUAUAAAUGCUUGUCUUAUUGAAGGUAGUUCUGAUAUAGCAAAAGCACUUCUUGAGCAGAUGUCAGGGAUGGGUUUGUUACCCGAUUGUAUUUUUUAUACUGCAAUUAUUGACCACCUAUGCAAAAAUGGUAAAGUUGAGAUGGCUCAUAGUGUUUUUGAUGACAUGAUAAAGCAGGGAGUUAACCCUGACGUGGUUUCAUACAAUGUGCUCAUAAAUGGGUUUUGCAAGUCUAACAGAGUAAGUGAAGCCAUACAUCUCUAUGAGGAAAUGCAGACUGGAGGAUUCUCUCCAGAUGAGGUUACUUUCAAAUUGAUAAUUGGAGGGCUCAUACGGGAAAAGAAUCUCUCUAAGGCUUGCAAAGUAUGGGAUCAGAUGAUGGAGAAGGGUUUUACUCUUGAUGGAGCUGUUUCUGAGACACUGAUCAAUGCUAUCCAUUCAGUAGACUCUGAAUGAACUCGGUGAAGUAUUUGGUUUUGUUGUUGAAUCGCCAUAAAAGUAGAUGGAUUGCUUGGUUAAAGCUCUCCUGUUGGUCCUCUAUUCUUGCCAAGUGUUUUGCCCUUCCCUGCCGACUCUUGCAAAAAAUAAAUCUCAGGUGAAACUCUGGUAUGCCAUCCUUGAAAUUGGAAUGGAUGCUUCCAAAAGCUGUGAGCUCAGAAUUCUUCAGUUGGAAUCUGUCUCACUGGCGAAUCUAUGCAUUGACCAAUUGUUGUUUCGUUUUGGGGGCAAUGGAUAAGUGGAGCAGGCUUCAUGUUUUAUGGGAAAACCAAAUGUGAUAUCUGUAAUAUCUAUAAUUGCAAUGGGAAUAAAAUGAGGUGUCAAGAGCUGAUCAGUGAUCAGGUGAUGCUGGGAUUUCAGAUUUUCCCCCCUUAUCCGAGAAGAUUAACCAAACUUUAUGAAUCACACAUACAUUGAAAUGCGCUUACUGUUGAUCAUUCGCUUCAGACCUGGGCAUCUCAACAGGGCCCUGGACAGUUUUCAGAUCCAUCCAGGGUGUGCCACUUUUAAUAAUUGAAAUGGGAGGCUAACUUGAGCCAGAAAUCGAAAUAAGGUAGCUCUUCACAUUUAGCUUCCUCCAAUUUUUUGUUGAUCUUUCGAGAGGGAAAGGAAGAAGAGGGAGGGUGGAGGAAUAUCUGACCUGUUUGGGAAGGCUGCCUAUUUUUAAUUCAUUUUUCUGUUCAGUAUAAUUUUCUGAUGGAUUGGAAAAGUAUGUAAUAACUGCUAACAAGUUAUAAAUUCGGCACAAAAUUACCAAA